UUGGGGUGUUUUUCUCGAGGGAGACCUGCAGACCAGUCAGUCCUUUCUGCGUGGGGUCUGUAGCCUUCUUUGUCCAGCUCCAGCAGGGUUGAUUUCCUCCUCUGGAGAAGGAUUGGUGCUGUUCCUGCAUUCCACGGACUCUCCAUUGCUCUGUGUGGGAGGCCUCCGGCACCAGCAGUGUGUUGUGUCCAGCUCUGUGACAAUACACUGGUUUGCUCACCUGCCAUUAAAUAUUUCCAGUGUGAAUAUCAGGUGAAGGGGAAGAAGGGUGUCUGAAUACCGAUGAAUGAGCUGUGAUGGAUAACAAGGACUCAGAAGCUGAGAUCCACCCUCUGAAGACUGAGGAUGUAAAAGCUCAGGAGAACCAUGAAAACUUUGUGGAGAGGAGGAUUAUCAAGUCCUCGGGGCUGUCCCGGCUGUCCCGAUGGCGCACUGCUGCCUUCUUCAUCUCCCUGUUCCUCUGCCUGAUCAUUGUGUUUGCUUUCUCCUUUAUCAUUCCCUGCCCAGAGAGGCCAGUUUCGGAAAGAACAUGGUUCCAAUACUUCAACAAUGCAGUGCCCUACCAGUUCCUUGUUUUAGAAGAUGUGAAUGAAGACAAAGUACAAGAUGUGCUCUUUGCUUUCAAAUCCAGCAAUGGCAGCAGCAGCUUCAACAUGUCCUGUCUGGAUGAAGGGCUGCCGUCUCCCUGUGCCUUCAUUGCUGCCGUGUCAGGCACGAAUGGCAGCGUGCUCUGGGAGAGCCCUGCUGCGAAGGACGUGCAGUGGCUGCAGUGUGGCAUCCAGCAGCUGGGCACGGCGGGGACCCCGGGCUGCCUCGUGGUGGAGAAGCCACUGUCCCUUACAGCAGUCGACCUGCAGACAGGGGCAGUUCUGUGGAGGCAAUCCAGUGACUUUGGAGCUAAUUAUACUGUGCUGACUCCUUUGUCAGUGAUUCCAGAUAUGGAUAAUGAUGGAGUUGAGGACCUGAUAAUCUUUAUUACUAAAGGAGGCCAGGUGAAGACCUUCAUCCAUUCAGGAAAAACUGGCCAGCAGAUCGGCUCCACUGGCAGCCUGAGCAUGGAUGGCAACGCUCGCUACAUCAGGCUGCACCUGCGCUCCUCCUCCUACUUCCUUUUCUACACAGAGAACUCUCUGUAUGCAUAUUCCCUACAAGAUCUGUGCAGUGCAGCACUUGGGAUGGAAGUUAAGCUUCCCAACUUCCAGCCGGAUCCUUACUGGGAGAAGCACAUUGACCAUACCACACACCGUGUGUCCCUUCUCAGAUUUAGAGACAUUCACUACCUGGCAAAAGUUCCUGAGCACUCACAGGACAGCAUCUUGGUUGUGAACUCAGAGAUGGCUACACUGAUCAACACAAAAGAUCUCCGCACUGUGUGGACCCUCAACGUGUCCCGUGCUUUGAGGGAGCCACUGUCCGGUUACUACAAACCUGAUGUCCACAGUCUUGUCCUGGAGAGUGAAAUUGGACCCAACAGGAAGAAGGUUAUGAUUGUUGAGAGUGGAUCUGGAGCAGUCCAGUGGGAGCUGGAGCUGAACUCAGGAGCAGAGGGCCCUGGCCCAGCCACGCUUCCCACUGCAGAUCACCGCUCUGCCUUCCUCUUGUGGGGAGACUACCAGCAGCCAGGCAAUGAGACAAGACACAGAGCUCCUCUCUCGAAGCUGUACCUUUUCCAUCCUUCCUACACUCAUGUCCUGUUGGAGCUCCGUGACAGCACAGACCAGAUCAUUGCAUUCACUGCGGCGCUGUUCGAGCGGAGCCAUCACGCCUGCUACGUGCUGCUGCGGGGCCCCCAGCCUGGCAAGGGGCCAGGCCUCGUGUCCCUGAUGAAGAGGAAGCUGAAGGAGGAUGUCUCGGUGAGCAAGGUGAUCUGGCUGCGCCACAUGGACGGGGACAACGAGCAGCACAUCCGGGACCGCCUCUACAGGAUGCGAUUCCAGAGCCGAGAUUGAACUUGCUGAGGGGUGGGAAGAGGCUGCCUCUGCUCUGCAGCCAUGCUCUCAACAAGCCCAGAGCCUGGAUUCCGAUGGGAAGCUGCCUUUCUUGAUCCACAGACCAAAGUGUGACUGGCAGGGAAGCACCCCCAGUGUCUAGGGACCCCCAGGCUGUGGGGGCAGCUGCCAGAGCAUCCGUCCUCAGAGCUGCUGGGACUUCAGUGCUUGGCCACCACUGAAGUGUCAUCAGCUCAGGGAGGAGGGCUUUCCCCUCCAUCCCUCUGUGCCCACAGAACUGUGCUGACUCAGGAGUGUGUCUGGAGGAAAACAUGUACUUGCUGAGAUGCUGGAGUUGAUGAUUUCUGGGAUGUCUGAGAAGUGGAGUUGGAUGUCUGAGAAAUGGAGUUCGCUGUGUGGUGUUAGAUUUCCCUUCUGAGUCAGCUCUCCUGGCUGGGGAGAGGUGCUUGGCUGCAGGUUGAUAUGCAAUUACCCUCUCCUGGAUUUGGGCCCUGCUUCAGUAGUGGUGGGAGGUGUGUGGUGACCCCAGCCAUGGCUGUGGUGUGUCUGGUGUCACUUGGGCCAGCAAAGCACAGGUUAAAGUGUCAUUCUACUUUGCAAAUGGCCUUUUCUCCCAAGAACAGCCCCACGUGUCCCAUUUCACAGUCACCAGAUUACCUGUGUCCUCUGCUGCUUCCUUCCCAGCCAGGCUGUGCAGUGUUGGUGGGAGCUCAUCCUCUCACCUCAUCCAUCAAUGUUCCUUCCUUCCCUCAGUCUGCUUAUAGGUGGUGAGAGAUCCCCCAUGAGCUCAGACUGGCUGGUCUCUGGAGGUACCACCACCACCUCUCUAGAUUUAAGGAACCAGAGGAUCUGGCUUGAGUAGAAUUGCACUUUAACCUUUUCUGGGAGCUGGGAUUGCUGCUCUGGGAAGCCCUGUACCCAAGUGGCAGUGCCAGCACCCUGCUCAUUCAGCCUUGCAGCUGCUGAGGAGCCUUCUCCAAGCACUGUCCCUGCUGCCAGGAGAAGGGCAGGAGCUCCGUGCUGCCUCCCUGCCCUUGGAAUUGAGGAGGUGCUGGGUGAGGAUCCUUGAGCACUGUUCUCUCUGGCCAGCCUGGUGUCCCAAGGGGAUGGCACAGGCUGCUGUGUGGGUAUGACAUGUUUCUCCUGGAGAUUCCUGUAGCACUGUGAGGUGUCUGCUCUGCCCUGUCCUGGUGGGUGCCAAUGCAGGCUGUAGAAAUGAGGUGCAGAGCCUUGAAAACAGUGUCUUGGUUUGAAAAAGGCAGGUGUCUGCUAAGGCAGAAACCUCCCUUGAAAUAAAUAAAAAUACAAACCUCCCCCCCCCCCGAAUUAUUAUAAUCUUGAAAUCAAGGUGCUUUCAGGCAAAGAUAUAGGAAUGAGAAUAACAGUUCUUUACUAAGGAAAUUAAAAUAAAAAUGCAGUAGUACAAGAAAAGAAAACCAAGAAAAAACAACCCACUGACAGAGUCAGAAUACAACCUGACACCUUGUUGGUCAGGGUGUUGGUAGCAAUCCAGUUAAAUGGUGGCUGCAGUCCUCCUGGAGUGACAGAUGUGGUUCUGUUUAAGCAAUGAUCCUGUAGAAUGGUGUAGUUUUCCUCUGAAGGGCUGGAGGUGUAGAUGGGUCUGGUCUCUCCUCUGAUAAUCCAGUGGAGAAAGGCUGCUGUGGUGUUAAAAGGCUCCAGUUAUAUCCAGGUAGGAAUGCUUGGCUCCUCCCCUGGGUGGAGCAUCUCACGAUGGGAUAGUGGAAUUUUAUCAGUCCUGCAGUGAGAAUGAAUGGCCCAUUAACAAGAUACCCCCUGGAGGGAGGAUGGGUUGCAGAAGAGAUAAAGAACACUGCCCCACCUGGUUUUAACAGGUGGUAAUAGAAUACACACUUCUGGUUACAUCUUGCAUUGCAACCCAAGACAAACAGUUUGAACCAGCUGCUCAGUCCUGAAAAUAAAAAUAGGCCUAAAAAUAACCUCAAGUGCUGGAGGGGGUUUGGCCAGUGCCUCCCUCCCUUACUGAGUCUGAAUUUGGGGGAUGUGUAGAAACACUGUAGGAUGGGAAUGUGCAGCAUCAGGCAUCAGCUCUUCCCUUCAGCCACUGCUGAGCCCGAAUGUGCCGCUGGGCAGCUGCUGUCAGGAGCUCAUUCCACAGCCCCAGCCCUCCCAGGCUGACAGCACAGGGAGCUGGGCUGCCUGGACAGCUGCUUCCAGCUGGCCAGUGGCUACCUAAAGGGUGCCCUAUCUCCCUCUGCCCCAUGGCCCAUAUGCCAGGCAGUCCAGGCAGCCAGUCCUGGGCUGUGCAGGGAGCCAGGGAUGCUCUCUGUAGAGUGCUCCACACCCUUCAGAGCACCCUGGGAUCAAAAUGGUGGGGCUGCCCCCCUGCCUCUCUUCCCAGCUGUUUUCUGAGAGAGUUUAGCAGUGCAGGGAGGCUCCCCAGCUGUGUCCCCCAGCUUGGGUUUCCUCUUUGCUCAGCACCUUAGGCCCAACAGCCCCCCAGGUCUCUGUGCCAGUGUUGCAGCCAUAAGAGGGCUGGGUUGAGGCUGCCCUUCAGCCAGCUGGGGCAUGGCUCAGGGCAGGGGAUCCCCAGGCUUGCACUGUAGUCCAGCCUGAGUGCUGGAUGUGGAUUGUUUCCUGCUGAGAUUCCCCUGGCUGGGAGCAAGGUGCCUGGGCUGUAUUCUCACCGCACUCUCGCUCCUCAGAUCCCUACCCAGACUUGACCUUCCCAUAGGCACACUGAAUGUUCCUUGAGGAGAGCUGGAUUUUCAGCUUUGGGGAGCUUUUCUGGCUUUAAGUUGUCCAGUAAUGUUUCUGGACAGUUUGGAAAUGCAGAUUUCACCGUGGCAGCUCAAUUAAACGCAUCAGUGCCAAACCAGCACCUUCUUAACAAAACCAGUCUGUUUUCCAGCUUAUUUCCUGUGUAAUUGUUUUUUUGCAGUAUUUAAUGAAUGACUUUGUGCCUUGAUUCAAUAACUCAGCUGGGUGGCAAUGGCUAUAUCACUGUGUUCUGUGUUAGUGUGGUUUUUAACACUGAGACUGUUUGGUUUGGUUCUUUAACUUAUUGCAAAUUGUGCCGUGCAGGACUUGCUCUAACCGGAAUGGUUUCAAUAAACCCUCUUUUGCAUUGUUUGUAAA